GUUCGAUCCGCAACCACGGAAGCUGCCUUAGUCAUGCGGCUACAACUUCCAUUCCCGAAGCUCAUCCCACACCAACACACACCACCAGCUACCGCGGUUUUCCAACAUCAGCAUAACCCAUACCGCAAGCCCAACUCCACUCACAAAGAUGCCGUAAGCAAUCACCCCCGAUCAUCGACCGUCGCUAGCAACUGCAGACCUAUUGGGGACUACUGUGCCGUUGCAAUUGCCACUUGGGAAUUUACCGCGCAAUCGUACGAUGCACUCGAGCAGCAAGAGCAAAGCGCUGACGGUCACUCUUCUCGCAACCACAGUGUCUACAGGGCCGUGAACAAGGUGCCCGAGCACCAGCGUGUGUAUCAAGCUGCGUACAAGGCGCACGAACGUAUCUGGCGGAUCAACCCUCGCAGCAGGAUGUACCUGGUCCCGUAUAACAUCCUCUUAUGGGGAACCACUGCCGCCACAUUCUGGGCUGUUGGCCGCAGGAUCUUCGGCAAGAGCACCUGGUUUUACGACUAAGCUCCGGUCGCGGGGACGGACGGUCAGGGGAGUUGAUACAGGAUCCGGCUUGUAUAUGUAGGCAUGGGGUAGAAGUAGACGCGGUUGAAUCUGCAAAGUCCGCUGAGUCGGUGCAUGCGUGUCGUCAAUCGAGGUCAACCUGGCCGGUCUUUCAUAUGUUAAGCAUAUUUCGUGCACUGGGUUCAUGCAGACUGUGAUGCUCCCAUCACUCGCUGACAAAUGCA